CGUCAUUCGUUUAGAGAAAUUCAGACUGCGGUUUCGUCAAGUUUUACAAAAUCUCGAUUUUUAUAUUCAAGAUAAAUUGAUUUUUAGCACAUAAAAUAUCCGCUGAAGGCUUAUGUGUUGGGAUAUCUAAUAGUUUAUGGUAGAAUAACUUAUUUAUAAUUUUCUUUCGUUGUUUUUAAUCACGGGCAGUGGUAGUUUUGAAUUUAGGUCUACGGUCUACUAAAUCAAUUGUUGAAAAUGUCUAAGAAAGAGGACCCUGUGCCCGGUAACAAGUCAGUAAUCCUGGCUUACGUGCUGUGGCUCUUUAGUGGUAUAUUUGGAGUGCAUCAUUUUUACUUGCGAAGAGACAGGCAUGCUUUCGUUUGGUGGUCUACACUUGGUGGAUUUGGCGUUGGGUGGCUUGGUGAAAUAUUCCGGAUACCUCGAUACGUACGGGACGCCAAUGAAGAUCCUCAGUACAUGCUCCAGCUCUCAAUGAGGAUGAGCAAAAACAGCAAGCCCCCAUUUUCGAUGAAUCGCUUUACGGGCAUGCUUAUGGUCGGCUACUCCUGGGGGCAGAUGAUGCUGUAUGCAGUUCCUCCUGAUGAAAUCUGGGGCAUCAACUUCAGAUACCUUAACUACUUGAUUCCAUUUGCAGCUGCUCUCGGUGUGUGGACAGUGGGCAACAUUGGCAGAGAGCAAGGCAGUCUGAAGUGGCCCCUGGCGGCAGCAUACGUGACGUAUUUCACGCGUUACUACAUCUACGAUGAGACCAUCUGGUUCACUCUCAUGGUGCUUGCUUCGGCGCUUGCAUUUGACUCCUUUUCCAAGGAGUGGCGUAAAAAGAAACCCAAGAAACGUCAUGUUGUGAGCCGCAUAGCCAUCUUAGCGGUGUGUGCUUGCCUCUACCUGUCGCUGUGGGUCAGCUAUCUUUACUUCCAAGGCAUCAUCACCGACAGCGAUGGAAAUGAAGUACCCAUCUACGAAGCGUUUGAACACUUCUUCAGCAGUCCUUGGUGGUUGGACGCGAAGCAAUGUCUGUACGAUACUUACCAGUACGCGCAGCAUCACGGCUGGUACGAGGUGUGGAAGCAAAUCAUAGAUCUGUCAGAUCCGCAUGGGGAACAGAACGCUUACAAGGUCCUCGGGCUCGGUCCGGAGUCGAGUCAGCAAGAGAUAACUUCCACCUGGCGUCGCUUGUCCCGAGAGAACCACCCCGACAAGGUGAAGGAUGAGUCGCAGCGCCGCGCUGCGCAGGAGCGCUUCAUGGAGAUACAGCAGGCCUACGAGAUACUGUCGAACAGCAAGCACAGGAGAAACCGGCGCAACAAGAAAGACAACACUGACAAAGAGAGAGCUCGUCACGACGAAAUGUAGUAAGUCGGUCUAGUAAGACUGUUUGCUCAAAUAUAUUGUAUUUUUAGGUAUUCUAUUUAUCUCGAAUUUAUUUAAAGUCUGCAUAUAACGACAGUGAAGCUUGCGUCUUCCGAAAUCGGAAAAGUUAAUGUUUUAGUAGAAAUAAAAAGACACGCACAAAUCUCAGUAAAAGCUUCCAGUUAUGUAAGUCGCAGUUAUUUGACUAUUUUAAUCAUAAAAUGUCUUUUUAUAUUUCUAAAAUCUCAAUCUCAACUUUUGACUCUUUUUGGUUAGGAUUUCUAAAAUCUCAACUUUUUUUCUACUUAUGUUUAUUUAUUUUUCAAUCCUUUCUUUUUAACACGUUUUUUUUAUUUGUGCAUUCCGUUAUCAUACAGGGUGGCCAAAACAGUGAGGUCUAAAAGAAAAAUUUAGAUUCCUUACAUCAAGGUGUACCUAAAUCACCCCCAUGUAUGUAAUACGAUUGUGCUUAGUUUAGGAGAUAGAGUUAAUUUUGUGAUAUUUUAAAAUUUUAUGACCUAGUAGGCUUUAAACAUUUUUAUCUUUUUUUUGGGUUGACUUUUUUCAUAUUUCUUUUUUUCGACAGAUUUGUUAUUAAUUGUAGAUGUUUGAAAAAAAUAAUCACCUUCCUAUCUUUGAUUCAAGAUACAAAAGUUUUGCUAGAAACAUUAAAAUUAUGCUUUUAUCAGAACACUAUCAAUUUUUCAACUUAAAAGUUUAAGUAAAAAAAAGAACUUCCAUAGGUCCAAAACCAUUUUAAAAACUGCGCCGUUUCCUGAACAUUCAUAAUAAUACAAAAAAACAUGUACUUAAUGGGCCACUAUUUCCUGUAAUCGGUCCACUAAAGUGGGAAGUCGGAGAUUUCGUUACUUGUUUUUGACUUUCUUAGAGUGAAUUAAUAUUGGGAAUCCUCUAAGUUUACAUUACGUAGAACAGAUUUAGAGCAGUAACAGGACAGAACAUGUUUUUAUUCUCAACGAGGAAGCUCUGGCCCUUCACCACACCUGGUGAAAACUGAUGAUUAGGCUGAAGGUGGAAGGGUACUUCAAUUACAGAGGAACUAUGGCUUCCUACCUCCAAAUGCCGGAAUACAGUAAUGCUAUUAACAUUAUUGUUAUAGUGACAGACUUAGGAAAAUAGAGUUGCUAGCCAGAUAGACUUAGAUCAAACCCUACCACCAACCAAACCGAGCAGAAAAUUGCACCUCCACUGAGAAUCAAACCCGGGACCUCUGAAGCUUACAUCUUACCACUUGAAGACAGAGGCAUUUGUUACAUUUUACUAUUCCCUUGAAAUACCUACUACAGUGAGAAGAAGAAGGAGGAUAUUUGGUUUAUGUUAAUUAAAACUUACUUAAAAAUAAGAAUGUGUUCCGGCAUUUGGAGGUAGGAAGCCAUAGUUCCUCUGUAGUUGAAGUACCCUUCCACCUUCAGCCUAAUCAUCAGUUUCCACCAGGUGUGGUGAAGGGCAAGAGCUUCCUCGUUGAGAAUAAAAACAUGUUCUGUCCUAUUACUGCUCUAAAUCUAUUCUACGUAAUGUAAACUUAGAGGAUUCCCAAUAUUAAUUCACUCUAAGAAAGUCAAAAACAAGUAACGAAAUCUCCGACUUCCCACUUUAGUGGACCGAUUACAGGAAAUAGUGGCCCAUUAAGUACAUGUUUUUUUGUAUUAUUAUGAAUGUUCAGGAAACGGCGCAGUUUUUAAAAUGGUUUUGGACCUAUGGAAGUUCUUUUUUUUACAUAAACUUUUAAGUUGAAAAAUUGAUAGUGUUCUGAUAAAAGCAUAAUUUUAAUGUUUCUAGCAAAACUUUUGUAUCUUGAAUCAAAGAUAGGAAGGUGAUUAUUUUAAUCAAACAUCUGCAAUUAAUAACAAAUCUGUCGAAAAAAAGAAAUCUGAAAAAAGUCAACCCAAAAAAAAGAUAAAAAUGUUUAAAGCCUACUAGGUCAUAAAAUUUUAAAAUAUCACAAAAUUAACUCUAUCUCCUAAACUAAGCACAAUCGUAUUACAUACAUGGGGGUGAUUUAGGUACACCUUGAUGUAAGGAAUCUAAAUUUUUCUUUUAGACCUCACUGUUUUGGCCACCCUGUAUAAAGAUACAUAUCGACUUUUAGAAAGACGUCUAAUGUUAACCCGUAAUAUCGCGGCAAUGCUGUUGCUACUAUAUUUUGAACCUCACGCUCUGUCUUGAGGACCAAACUAAGUUUGUAACUGUAGAAGGUUACAAAUUGAUUGUCAGGUAAAUAUUGUGUUUUAAUUCGUAUCUUAAGUAAGUGUCAUAUCUACGUUUUUUGAAGAAAAAUCACGUUACUCCGAGAAAGCUUUUCUAGUCUAGUGUCUUUCUCAAGUCGAAUUGAUAUUACGUUGUAAUAGAUGUCGCAUUUAAAUUAUGCAUUUAUUACUAAAACAAUUAACAUCAUUAUUAGAUUCGUGCAAUGAGAAUAGUUUAGUUAAACUUUAGUCUAAUCAUGUACUUAAAAUAUACUUUUUGCAUUUACUAUACCAAAUGUAAAUUAUUAUUACUAAAAUUAAAAUAAGUUUCAUAACAUUUUUAAACCUUAAAGGACGUAGCACAUUUGUCAACCCGGAAAGGGAUCGUAACCGUAUCAACUCGAGGUGGUCAGUAUUCAUUGUAUGAAACUUCAUACUGCAACGCACACUUAUCCGUAUCGUAACGUAAACGCCUCGCCUCGCGAUUAACAGCGCGCAAAAGGCGAAGACAGUUCGCGAAAGGCGAUACGGUGUUGACCCCUUUCCGAGUUGAUAAGUCUGCUAUUACCAUAAACUGUAACAUAAUCGCAAUUGCAUAUUUCUGAUAAUACGUAAUUUAAAACAGUAUUCUCGUUAAAAAUAUAUUUCAUCGCUUGCGUAAUUCCAGUUAUGUCGUAAGCGAUGUUUAACUCAUUUUGAAAAUAUUUAUACAAAAAUAUUUAAAAAAUUGCAGAUGUGUUAACUGUAAUAUUAUUUAUUAUGAGCGAACUAAAGUUAUUUAUAUUUUGAAAGGUAAUUAGGUCUCGUUUUAUAACCAUCUUCUGUCUUGUUCAUACUUAGAGUGACAGCAAGACAGAGGUGAUCUUAAUAUUGGCUAUUUAUUUAUUUUGUCUCACUCAGUGUUGUGAAAACAUUUCAUUUUAAAAGACUCAUGUUGCGUUACGCCUCGUCUCUCCAUUAUUAAUUGAUGACUGAUCGCUGUAUAAAACUAAGAGUGGAAGGCUACAUUGUUUUUCACCGCUGAAGUACCUACGUAUUUUGUUACAUAUAAGCAACAAUGUGUCAAAUUGAUAAAAUAAGUUUCAUUCUGACAAAGAUCUUCCAAAAAUAGUAAGUAUACUUGUUAAUGUGUAAUCUCUUUAAUAAGAUAAGUCGAAAAUAGUAUCCAAUUAUACAGUAGUGACAAUAUUUAUGUACAUUUACUUUAAUAUUAAAUCAAUUGACCACUACUUACCGCCUCGAGGCAGAAAGAAAUUCCAUUUAACAGCCAAUUCUAAAUAAGCGAUGAAUGAACGGUUCCAUUAAAUGCAGUAAAUAUUAGAUAUACCUACUGUUCUUCUGCCAAGAUACAUUCUUCUUACUGGAAGUCGCUACAUAAAAUCACACCUGUGGACCCUAAAUAAGGCAAAAAAAAUAAAUUUUUGAUGUGUAUUUUUCGUCAAUGCAGAAGCGCUUAACCUAAGAACUUGAGGAACGAGUGUCAAAUGUUAUGACACUGUGUCAAAUUAUGUCACUGACGUUCAUCCCAGUGAACAUUACAUGCCGUGAUUUAAAGCGCGUCGAGAAACCAGCACAAUCUUAUUCCAUUACAUUAAAAUAAGUUGGUCCAAAUUAUGGGAGGGGUGACAUAAUUGACAUAAUAUGUCGUGACAGAGCAUACAAGUCUGAAACACAUCUGAAGUCUCACUGACGUCUGACGUCACAAAAACACCCUCCAGUGCCGUUCCCUUAUUAACUAUCUCAGUCACUAAUGCCCGUUUUCACCAUCAAUCCCUAAUUUUAAAGUGACCCCUAUGGUGACACAUAACAGGCAUUUUGUUUUCAUAGGGGUCACUUUAAAAUUAGGGAUUGAUGGUGAAAACGGGCAUAAGUCAUGCAUGUGCUUGACCUAUAGAACGUUGUCUUUAGAACUCAUAUUAUGGUCGUAGCCUUUUUAAGACAGAUAAUUCAAUUAAUUAAUGUUGUCUAUAUUUGCCAGAUCCAAAGUCAUUGCUUGAAAUAUAAACGGCGGUUGUUUUGGUCUCAAGGCGUUGAGUAUAUUUAGCUUUUAAUCAUCGUUUAAGCAGGUGGGUGAGUGUGGGUGGGUUAAUUUACUUUUUAAUGCUGACUAGAGUGAUAACUACUAUACAGGGUGUUAGGUAAAUGGGUAUAUGAGCCGACACUAGCCCAUGUUAACAUGGUUAUAUAAAUGGUAUGGUGAAGUCAGAAAAUUGAUAUCUUCAUUUUAAUUAUUUUAUUUUUCAUACAAAUCGGAUUUAAUAAAAUUUAUUUUGUAUGAAAAUUUAAAAAAAUUAAAUGAUGAUAUCAAAUUUCUGACUUCACCAUACCAUUUAUAUGCCCAUGUUAACAUGGGCUAGUGUCGGCUCAUAUACCCAUUUACCUAACACCCUGUAUAUGCCUUUUUCCUGUGAUGCAGAUCUGUGGCCUAAUUCACGUAUUUUUUACAGUCAAGAUCUCGCUCACGUUCAGAAGUCGUCCCAUUGUAAAACAAUUCUAAAUCCGUAUUCACAAGGGUCAUUUUCGGUAGAACGAUUACUCGAUAGGAUCGCAACUCAGCGAUUUGUUGUCAUUGAAGUUUUGUUACGUCGUCGUCCCAUUGAAAAACAGUUCUAAAUCUGUAUUCACAAGGGUCAUUUUGAUAGAACGAUUACUCGAUAAGAUCGCAACUCAGUGUUUUGUUGUCGUUGAAGUUUUGUUACGUGAAUAAGGCCACAGAUCCGCACGCGUGCCCAUAUCCUCACCACAGGAAAAAGGAGAUAUUUGAUUCAUUGUUUCAAAAUGGCUGACGUGAAUAGAACUGUCGUCAGUUUUCCCUUUCAGAUUGGUUGAAACAAUUAAUUUGAUUUUUUUAAAUUGGUUCGAAUAGCAAACAUCAUUGUGUCAAAUACUGUUUGAAAUAAGCAAACAUUUGUAUGGACAAGUUUAUAUUAAAACUAGAUUAGGACAUACAGUUAUAUUAUAAUUUGUAUCUGUAUAAAAACCUUCACCAGAAUAUUAUUUUUAUAUUAUUUAUUUAUUGGUGGCAAUCAACAAACCAUUUCAAAGCUAAGAUCUCUCAUUUUCUCUUUAUUUAUUGAAUAUAGUGACAUUAAAUUUAGAAGUGGCUACGUAAACUUAACAGUCAUUGAUUUUGUAAGAAUCUUCUAAUAAUUAUGCAUUUACAUGCUUAUGACUUGUCCGUUAUUAUUGAAUAAAGAGAAAAUAAGAUACCAUACUAUACUAUCUAGUUUUUUAGAAUAAUUGUAAUUAUUAAACUCGCCACCAUUUUAUUAUUGUAGAAUUUUGGGUCUGAUUAAUUCCGUCCUUUUUAUUAAAUUUAAUUACGUAAAGAUUCUAUAGGUUUUUCGAAUAUAUUCUGUAAUAGUAUUUUGGAGACUUUAUAUGCCUUAGUAUAAUUUC